AUACAUUGACUGCAUUUAGUGUUUGUCGUGAAUUGUCUAACGAUUUUGUGUCUUUGAUUUGAUAGUGUAUUUGACGUGAAAUUUAAUACCAAAACCAAACAAAUAUGUGCGACGACGACGUGGCGGCACUUGUUAUCGACAACGGGUCGGGUAUGUGUAAAGCGGGUUUCGCCGGCGAUGACGCCCCCCGCGCUGUCUUCCCAUCCAUUGUGGGCCGACCCAGACAUCAGGGAGUGAUGGUAGGCAUGGGUCAGAAGGACUCGUACGUCGGCGAUGAGGCGCAGUCCAAGAGAGGUAUACUGACCCUCAAGUAUCCCAUAGAACACGGAAUUGUGACCAAUUGGGACGAC